ACAUGACAUGGGACAGUUUGUUUUGCCAGGGACACUGACCUCUAAGUAGUCUGCUUUAACUAGGCUGUAUUACACAAUUACUCGGUGUAUAUACAGAGGUUUGUCUGACAGUGUACUGUAGGCUAGACUUAACGUUAGUGCUUAGAAGUUUCAGCGGAAAACUGCUUUGAGUGACUACAAUUUAACCAGACUGGAAGAAAUGGGGAAGAUUGUCUUGAAGCAUUGGAAAGUCAGUGCCUCAUGUAGAAAUAUUGUAUGCUAGACAGGGAACCAGACAGUAUUGCUGAAAUGCUGAUUCAGUGAAAUGGUGAAUGCCUAGUUCUCUGUGGCUUGUGUAAUGACAGUGUUGCAGUGUUUUCUCUUUUGAAAUGGUACUGGCUCCUCCAAUCGAUAUGGGAACUUUUUGUCUAUUCCACACAGUGCAUAUCUUUUAAUGUGAUAUGCAUGUUUCCUGUGACAAACUUAAAGAGCGACUGCCCUUUAAAGUUUUUCUCGUUUUGAAAAUGGCCUAUGUGGCAUCGUCAUGAGUUAGACACAUUUAUUCUAGUGUCAAAAUUGACUACAAACUGUAAAGUCAGUCUCGUCCAAAACAGAGAUUUGCAAGAUGAUGGGGAAUAAAAUGUUAUGUCACGGAUGAAGGGUACAUUUACAGAGUGAAGGGGAGAUGUCUAGUAGUACCCAGCUGAGCAUCCGGCAUUGGACCACCAAGCACGUUGCCAAGUGGCUGAAGGAUGAGGGCUUCUGCCACUAUGUAGACCUACUGUGCAACAAGCACCGUCUGGAUGGCAUGUCCUUACUCACCCUAAGUGAAUACGACCUCCGCUCUCCCCCACUGGAACUCAAGGUGCUGGGGGACAUCAAGAGGCUGAUGGUGUCCCUCCGCAAGCUGCAGAAACAAAACCUGGAUAUCCUGGAGGAGCUGGGGGUCCCAUUCGACGGACACUCGCCUCAGGGUGGGGACUGGCACUGCAACGGAGACUCCAGUAGAGAGUGCGAUAACUCUAACACAGACACAGCACCGGUUGGAGAGCAGUAUCUUGAGUAUAGGAAUGGGAAGUACAAGCAUGGAGGGAGCGGGAGGCAGGACCCUGAGUACUGGAAGACAGCGCUUAGUGCCAUCUAUGUGGUGUUUGUGUUCGGAUUUACCUCUUUCGUUAUGGUGAUCGUGCACGAGAGGGUGCCGGACAUGCGCACUUACCCUCCCUUGCCAGACAUUUUCUUAGACAGUGUACCUAGAAUACCAUGGGCCUUUGCCAUGGCAGAGGCAUGUGGAGUCAUCCUGUGUAAUAUCUGGCUGCUAGUUCUGCUGCUGCACAAGCACAGGUCCAUUCUGCUGCGGCGGCUGUGCAGCCUCAUGGGGACAGUGUUUAUGCUGCGUUGCAUCACCAUGUUCGUGACCUCCCUGUCAGUGCCAGGACAGCACCUGCAGUGCUCAGGAAAGGUGUAUGGUGACAUGUGGGCCAAACUGCAUCGAGCUCUGGCCAUAUGGAGUGGAUUUGGAAUGUCCCUCACAGGGGUCCAUACGUGUGGGGACUACAUGUUCAGCGGUCACACGGUGGUCAUCACCAUGCUCAACUUCUUUGUGACAGAAUACACCCCGCGGGGCUGGAACUUCAUCCACACCUUGUCCUGGGUCCUGAACUUGUUUGGCAUCUUCUUUAUCCUGGCGGCCCAUGAACACUAUUCCAUCGACGUCUUCAUCGCCUUCUACAUCACGACCAGGCUGUUCCUGUACUACCACACGCUGGCUAACACCAGGGCCUACCAGCAGAGUCGCAGGGCCCGCAUUUGGUUCCCCAUGUUCUCCUUCUUCGAAUGCAACGUCAACGGCCCCGUGCCCAACGAGUACGGCUGGCCCUUCUCUAAACCCACCAUGAUCAGGAGCAUGAUUGGGUACUAGGUGGUGAAGUACACUGGUCUGCGAUGCAGCCACCACGACGUUGAUCUCUUCUAACACUGUUUACUCUGAGACCCGUUGUGUUAUUUUCCUGCUGCCGCUGCCUUCAAGGAGUUGCCAACUGUGGUUGUGUGAUAUUGACUUUAUAUUCCAAUGUCUGCAGAGACUGCGGCUUGUAGGAUCCUAUCGGUGCCACGGUGCGACAGGGUACGGGAGACUUGACUACUCAUAUUCUGUGACUUAGUGGUUGGCUGGCGUUUGUCCCACGGCAGCCUGUUGAAAGGGAUUAAACCUAUGUGUCCAAAAUGACACACUACUCAUUUUAUAAUGCACUACUUUAGACCAGAGCCCUAUGGCCUCUCGUCAAAAAUAAUGCACUACGUAGGGAAUAGGGUGCCGUUUGGGAUACAUGCUAGAGACUAAUUCUCUUCAUUUGAAAAGGGAUUGAGAUUUUUGAAGAUAUUUCCCACACCUUUUGCCAUGAUCAAUAACCAGGUAACAGAUAUGAUGUAUGUGCUUUAGUCAACUCAUCUCUUGUUAUGCCUUACGGUGUAUGGCAUGACAGCGAACUCGACAGACGAGUUGGCUAAAGCACAAACUGACCUGCUACUGCCAGGCUUGCAUUUCCACGCUUAACAGCUCUUAACUUGCAGUCUGAGGGAACGUUGACGGUAAUAAGCAAGCUAGAGGUUUGGGGAAAAACAUGAAAGCGGAAUUCUCAGGCAGUCUAUUGUAACCAAAAAUGUUUAUUUUUUAAGUCCAAUAGAAUUUGUUAAUCUAAAAUUCAACAGUAUUAUAUUAAUAAAAUCUUCAUUUAUAUA